UCUGGUUAUUUUGACAAUUGUUACAACAGUGCCACUGUUCUGUAGCGCACAGGUGGUCAAAACCCACAGCUGGCAACGUCAGGUGUAUCAAGGGGCGCGUAACCCAAUCAGAUGUUUUCACUUCCGACUGCGCUUGGGUCACGUGCUUUGAGAUGCACUUUGGACUUGCUGUUUUGUUUACUUCCCACGCAAAAUGCGCUGAUGAGAUUCUACCUUAAAGCAGUGCAGCACUUCCAUCAUGGGAGGAAAAGGAAACUAGGUAAUGAAAGCUGGAUGGGAAUGUUUCAUUCUGUCAAGCACUCAACAUUCUAAGCUAAAAGGUGUAAACAUCAUCUCAAAAGGCAAAGACACGUUAACAUUGCAAACAAGACUGAAAACUGGACUAGCGACUCUUUGGUCGAGCAAAAGAAGCCUGAAGAACUCACGGAGAAAAUGGAGAAGCUGAGACCAGCCAUCUAACAGCCCACCACUGGCGGAGGGAUGAGACACGUUGAUUUUGCAGCCCUUGGGAGCAUCUGGAUUUCUGUGGCACAAUGUACGAUUUUAAGCACCUGUCUGAAGUCCUGUGUCACUAACCUGGGUGAGCAGCCUGACCUUGGCACCCCACACAAUCUGAGUGGACCGUGUAUCCAAGGAUGCCGCUUUUGGCGCUCUACCGACCAGGAAAGCUGUGCAGUCCAGUGUAAUGAUUCUUAUGCUGCUGUUUGUGAGCGCGAGGCCUGUGAAGUGGGCUGCAGCAGCGCAGAAGGCGCCUACGAGGAGGAGAUGCUGGAAAACACCAACCUCCCUACCGCACCCUUCGCUGCUGCCAUUGCAAGCCAUAGCAUUUCUUUAAGAUGGAAGUCUGCCAACAUCUCUAAGGUGAAAUACAUCGUCCAGUGGAAAUACGCACAAAUUCCAGGGAGCUGGACUUACACUGAGACGGUGUCCAGGCUCUCCUAUGUGGCACGGGCCCUGCAUCCCUUCACAGAGUACAUUUUUCGCGUGGUGUGGGUCUUCACAGCCCAGCUGCAGCUUUUUUCUCCAUCAAGCCCAAGUUACAGAACUCAUCCGCAUGGAGUUCCUGAAACUGCUCCUCUCAUUAGGAAUAUCGAGAGCUCCAGCCCCGACACUGUGGAAGUCAGCUGGGCUCCACCCCAGUUCCCGGGGGGACCUAUUUUGGGUUACAAUUUGCGACUGAUCAGCAGAAGUCAUAAACUUGACUCAGGGACGCAGAGAACCAGCUUCCAGUUUUAUUCUACUCUGCCAAAUACCACCUACAGGUUUUUCAUCGCAGCAGUGAACGAGGUCGGCGAGGGGCCAGAAGCAGAAUCGGACAUUGCCACCCCCGGCCUGGCAGUUCAAGAAGAGGAGCAGUGGCUCUUUCUAUCCAGAAAAACGUCACUAAGAAAGAGAUCUCUAAAAUACUUAGUAGAUGAAGCACAUUGUCUUUGGUCAGAUGCUAUACGACAUAAUAUUACAGGUAUAUCAGCUGAUGUGCACCGGCGAGUUGUCUACUUCUCUGAGGGAGCUCUCAUAUGGAUGAAGGAGGCUGCCCACAUGUCUAACGAGUCUGACCUGAGAGUGUUCUACAGAGGCUCAGGGCUGAUUUCUUCCAUCUCCACAGACUGGCUUUAUCAGAGAAUGUAUUUCAUCAUGAAUGAGCUGGUGUAUGUCUGUGAUUUAGAGAACUGCUCACACUUUGAAGAAGUUACCCCACCUUCUAUUAUCUCACCUCAAAAACUUGUGGCUGAUGCCUACAAUGGGUACAUCUUUUAUCUCCUGCGAGAUGGCAUCUACAGAGGGGACCUCCCUGUGCCGCCGGGCAGAGGCACGCAGCCUGCGCACGUCGUGGAGAGUCGCACCUUAAAGGACUUUGCAAUAAAGCCACAGUCUAAGCGGAUCAUUUAUUUCAACGAGACCACUCGAGGCUUCAUGUCAACAUUUCUAGAUGGUUCUGCUUCACAUCCUGUCCCACCUCAGUUCCCCUUUGCUGAUGUGCAGAGCUUUGCUUGUGAGAACAGUGACUUCCUUGUGACGGAUGGCAAGGCCAUUUUCCAACAGGACGCCAUGUCUUUCAAUGAGUUCAUUGUGGGAUGUGACCUGAGACACAUAGAAGAAUUUGGGUUUGGUAACUUGGUCAUCUUUGGUUCCUCCACCCAGCCUCACCCUGUCCCACACCAGCCAAGAGAUGUCUCCGUACUGUUUGGGUCUCACCAGGCCCUUGUUCAGUGGAAGCCGCCGGCCCUCCCCAUUGGAGCCGGCCCUUCAGCCUGGCAGAACUGGACUUACGAGGUGCAGGUAUCAACCCAAGACCUUCCUGAGUUGACCAGAACUUUCUCUAACAUACAGGGAGUCAUGCUUGACAUACCUGGGCUGCAGAGUGCUAUGAAAUACAAGGUUUCUGUGAGAGCAGGUUCUCCCCAGGGACAAGGUCCCUGGUCAGAGCCCUCCGUGGGCACGACCCUGGUGCCAGCUGCUGAGCCACCACUUAUCAUGGCUGUGAAAGAAGACGGGCUUUGGAGUAAACCCCUGCACAUGUUUGGCCCGGGAGUGUUCUUAUCCUCUGACAUAGGAAACGUGUCAGACAUGGAUUGGUACAACAGCAGCCUGUACUACAGUGACACUAGAGGAGACGUUCACGUGCGGCUGCUGAAUGGGUCGGGAGUCUCCGAGGGCCGUCGCAUCCCCAGCAUUGCAGGGGCAGGGGCUCUGACUUUUGAGUGGUUGGGCCGCUCUCUGUACUGGGCUGGAAAGACGUAUGUGAUCCACAGGCAGUCUGUGCUGACGGGCCACGCGGACAUGGUCACGCGCGUGAAGCUGCUGGUGAACGACAUGGCAGUGGACUCCUUGGGCGGCUAUCUCUACUGGACCUCACUCUACUCCGUGGAGAGCGCCAGGCUGAACGGGGAAAGUGCUCUUGUCCUCCAGGCACAGCCUUGGUUUUCCGGGAGAAAGGUUAUUGCUCUCACUUUGGAUCUCAGCGAUGGGCUCCUGUACUGGUUAGUUCAGGACAGUCAGUGUAUGCACCUGUACACAGCUCUUCUGCGAGGACAGAGCACUGGGGACAUCAGCAUCAUGGAGUUCGCAGCCUGGAGCACUUCUGAAAUUUCCCAGAAUGCUCUGAUGUACUACAGCGGCCGGCUAUUCUGGAUCAACGGCCUCAGGAUGAUCACUGCGCAGGAAAUCGGGCAGAGGACUAGCGUGUCUGUGUCGGAACCCACCAAAUUCGAUCAGUUCACAAUCAUCCAGACGUCCCUCAAGCCCCUGCCGGGGAACUUUUCCUCAGCCCCUAAGGUUGUGCCAGAUCCUGUUCCUAAGUCUUCAUUUAGGGUUGAAGGAAAUGCCUCAGCUUUUCAGGUCCUGUGGAGCAGCCCCCCCGAGGUGGACUGGGGUGAGGUUUUCUACAGCGUGGAACUCAGGGCUCACUCCAAGUUCCUGGCUAGUGAAAAACAGCCUUUACCUGUGUUUACCGUGGAAGGGCUGGAGCCGCACGCCUGGUUUAAUCUUUCAGUCACUCCUUACACGUACUGGGGAAAGGGGUCCAGAACUUCUCUCUCGCUUCGAGCCCCCACUACAGCUCCAUCUACACCAGAAAACCCCAGAAUAUUUGUGCUACCAAGUGAAAGACCCUUUAGCAAGAAUACAGCUGUGGUAGAGUUCAGGUGGGACAAGCCUAAGCAUGAAAAUGGCACGCUGGCCAGAUUUGAAAUUUCCUAUCAUACAUCCAACCAGAGUGAUGCAAACAGAACAUCUGAAGGGUGGAUUGCUGUCAACGUCAGUGGCACGGUGACAUCUUUUCAACUCAAGGGCAUGAGCCCUGGGUACACUGUUGCCUUUCAGGUUCGAGUCUACACAUCCAAAGGCCCAGGGCCAUUUUCUGACAUAGUGAAGGCUAACACAUCAGAAAUCAACCCAUGUCCUUACCUCAUGUCUUUCCUUUGCAAUGAGCUAGUGCUUUUCGAUGUGGACCAAAAUCAGGUUGUGUGGACAUUUUUGGCAGAGGGAGACAUCGGCGCCCUGGGCUAUACUGCUGAUGACAACAUAGGGUACUUUUCUCAAGGGGACUCCCUUUUCCUUCUAAAUUUGAGCAACCAUUCUGGCUCCAAGCUUCUCCAAGACGCACGCAUUUCCGGCAUCACACUCCUCACGGUCGACUGGAUUUCAAGGCACCUCUACUUUGUGCUAAAAGAAUCGCAAAAUGGAACUCAAAUAUUUGAUGUUGAUCUUGAACACAAGGUGAAACACCCCAGUGAGCUAAAGAUAUGUAACAGGAAUUCAACAAUCGUUUCAUUUUCUGUAUAUCCUCUUUUAAGUCGCUUAUACUGGACAGAAGUUUCCAGUUUGGGCUGUCAGAUGUUCUACUACAGUGUUGCUCACCGCACCUUGCAUCGCAUCCUGCAACCCCCAGCUACAGACCGACCAAAUGGAAGAGCGCAGUGUUUCUGCAGUGUGACUGAAUUUGAUUUAAGUGGAGCAAUGGCGAUUGAUACUUGUGAGCUAGAGAAGCCAUGGAUAUACUUUAGCAAAAGAGGCGAGAUCUGGGCCACGGAUCUGGAUGGGUGCCAGUGUUGGAGAGUUCUCAGGGUGCCUGCCGUGCAUGGAAAAGUACUUGUUAGCCUAACUGUGGAUAAAGAGUUUAUAUAUUGGAUCAUCACAGCGAAAGACAACACAGAGAUUUAUCGAGCCAAGAAGAGGGACGGGGCCAGUGUUUCCCAGGUGACGACCCUGAGGAGUCAGCGCAUCUUGGCGUACGGUUCCGCCGUGCAGCCUUUCCCAGAUAAGGACUUUCUGCUUCUAGCUUCAGAUACUGCAGAACCAGCUAUACUUGGUGCCACCAACACUAGCCUCGCAGUUGCUUUGCCUCCGGCCAGGACGAUCCGCAUGUGGAAGGGCCUCACCGGCCCAACUGCAACAUACUUGGUUUAUUAUGCAGAACUUGAUGGCAGGACAAACAGCUCUUACCUGAAAUAUAAAAUACUGGAAUCUCAGGAGAAGAUAGCUCUCAUUGAAGGUUUAAAGCCAUUUUCAACAUACAUAAUAAAAAUGGCUAUAAAGAAUUAUUAUUCAGACACUCGGGAACAUUCGCCUCUGGGACGAGCCAUCUGGGGAAAGACGACAAGUGGCGUUCCAGGGGCCGUUGGGUCCAUUAACACAACCGUGCUGUCAGACACCAGACUCUUGGUGUCCUGGAGAGAAUCUCACCAGCCAAAUGGCCCUGGAGAGUCGGUCCGCUACCAGCUGGCAAUCUCCGAUCUGCCCCUAAUCCCCGAGGCUCCAAUAAGACAAAGCCAGUUCCCAAACGCAAGGCUCACUGUCCUGCUUGCGGCCCUGUCUGGUGGACAGCUGUAUGUGCUAAAGGUUCUGGCCUGCCAUGCUGUGGAAAUGUGGUGUGCUGAGAGUCGCCCCGUCGCCGCCAAAAUGUUCGACCCUCCAGAGAAGCCAUAUGCCUUGGCUCCGGAGAGCACCACGGUACAGUUAGGGUGGAAGGCUCCAGCCAAUGGCAACCUCACCAGGUUUUGGUUUGAGCUCCAAAAGUGGAAGUACAGCGUGUUUUUCCAUGUCAAGGCCUCCUGCAGCCAGGGUCCUGCUUACGCCUGCAGCAUCUCAGGCCUCCAGCCUUCCACGUUCUAUAGGGUCCGAGUCGUGGUGGUUUAUACAACUGGAGAAAGGAGCCUCUCGCCCCCCAACGGCUUCCAGACCGCAGCUGGAGUCCCGAGUAAGCCAGGCACUCCCAAGCUAUUGGAAGGGAGCAGAAAUUCCGUACAGUGGGAGAAAGCGGACGAUAAUGGAAGUGGCCUCAUGUACUAUGUCCUCGAGACCAGAAAGAUCAUUUCAGGUGACCCACAGAACCAGCAGUUAAGGUGGGAGAUGGCCUUUAAUGGGUCCUGCAGCAGCAUUUGUAUGUGGAAGUCCAAAAACCUGAAAGGAAAGUUUCAGUUCAGAGUAGUGGCUGUGAAUCGUCUUGGAUUUGGGGACUACAGUGGAGCCAGUGAGACUAUCACCUUCCCUGGAGAUGAUUCGUGGAUCCCAGAAAUGAGUCUAACGCUCCUCAUCAUAGUUGGAGUAUUUCUGGUCAUUACGAUCUCACUGGCCUUUGUCUGGCGUAAGGGAUUCACGAAUCGGGAAGCUUUCAAGGGAGCACUGGCUGUUCUAGCGUGUGAAGACAAGGAGCUGGCCGAGCUGCGAGGCCCCAUGGCUGGCGUGGGGCUGGCCAAUGCCUGCUAUGCUGUCCAUACUCUUCCAACCCAAGAGGAAAUUCAAAAUCUUCCUGCUUUCCCUCGGGAGAAACUGAGUCUGCGUGUCUUGCUGGGUAGUGGAGCCUUUGGAGAGGUGUAUGAAGGGACAGCCAUAGACAUCUUGGGAGCUGGAAGUGGAGAAAUCAAAGUAGCAGUGAAGACUUUGAAGAAGGGCUCCACAGACCAGGAGAAGAUUGAAUUCCUCAAAGAGGCACAUCUGAUGAGCAAGUUUGAUCACCCCAACAUUCUGAAGCAGCUCGGCGUCUGUCUGUUGAAUGAACCCCAGUACCUUAUUCUGGAGUUGAUGGAAGGAGGGGACCUUCUCACUUACCUGCGGAAAGCCCGGAUGACAACGCUCCGCGGCCCUUUGCUCAGCCUGGCUCACCUGGUGGACCUCUGUGUGGAUGUUUCAAAAGGCUGUGUCUACUUGGAGCAGAUGCGUUUCAUCCACAGGGAUCUGGCAGCCCGCAAUUGCCUGGUCUCUGUGAAAGACUACACUAGCGCUUCACGGAUAGUGAAGAUUGGGGACUUUGGCCUCGCAAGGGACAUCUACAAAAAUGAUUACUACAGGAAGCGAGGGGAAGGCUUGCUACCUGUUCGCUGGAUGGCUCCGGAGAGUCUGAUGGAUGGGAUCUUCACGACUCAGUCUGAUGUUUGGUCUUUUGGAAUUCUGAUUUGGGAGAUUUUAACUCUUGGUCAUCAACCAUAUCCAGCACAUUCGAACCUUGAUGUCUUAAACUAUGUGCAAGCAGGCGGGAGACUGGAGCCACCAAGAAACUGCCCCCAAGGCCUGUGGAAUUUAAUGGCUCAGUGCUGGGCUCAGGACCCGGACCAACGGCCUGCUUUCCGUAAGAUCCAAACCCAGCUGCAGCUGUUCCGAAAUUUUACCCUAAAUGACAUUUCUCAGUACAGAGGUGAUGCAGGUGCCCAUGAGGUCAUAAAUGAAGGCUUUGAAGAUGACGACGUCCGUGCAAGCAGUCUGAGUUCAGAUGGUGUCAUGCCAGUUGCUUUCAUGGUAACCACGAACCAGGAAGGGCUGAACUACAUGGUACUUGCUGCAGAGCCCAGCCAGAGUAGAGAGCACUCUGAGGGUCCUCUGUGCUCCAAAGAACCUGAGUCUUGCCAUCUGAGGAAGGCAGAGAAGGCGCUGCCAGCAGGCCAAGAUCUCUGCCAAGAGAAGCGAGAGACUGGCUGCCGUUCUGGCACUUCCCCACGCCUGCACUACGCCUUCCUUGCUCAUGGUGGGUCUGGAGAUGGGUCUGACUCACAGCACUGCUUGGAAGUCAAGGGGAGAGCAGCACUCUUGUGAAGCUUUGCUGGAGGAGAGCAGGCUGGGUGUGGUGGCUGUCACCUGCGGUGCUGCGUCACACUGUAAAGUCUGACUUCUAAUCUUGAUUUUCAGACCUUUUGGUUCCAUUUGCAGCAAUCCUCAUGCCAGUGGCUGCUUCCCACCCUCCUUCACAUCACAGACCGGUGUUAGGGACAGGAGUGGCUCUGUUCCUGCAGGUUAUCUAGAAGGUGACAGGAACCAGACUAUGUUUUGUAGGUAUAAGAUAGAGGCUUUGGCCACAUUGAAAACAGGACAAUGAAAACAUUUGAGUCCUAAAGUUCAGCAUUCAAUGAUCUCUGCAUCUACAAAAUCCACGACUCUGCACUGUAAUGGGCUAACUGAUGCGAAGACUGCCUGGGGCUUAGGGUGCGGCUCAGCGUGGGCUGCUUGUCUGUGUCCAUGACAUGGGUCCUUGCAGCUGUCCCUGAGUGGAGGGCUUGUGGGAUCGUCUCCUGGCUUCUUUCAUGUCACACAAGUGCAGAAGCUGUCAGGCUGGCCACUGGAAGUUCCUGCUCAAUGUUUCUGAAGCCAGCCUAAAAUCCUACAGGGUGCGUGCGUGCACUGUGAUUUCUUGGCUCCUUGUUGACCGUAUGUGUGCUCAUCACUCGCUCAUUCAAUAAACGUUGGCUAAGUGACCAUUAUGCAGCCAGCAGUUCUGGGUACUAGGAACAGAGCGCAGAAGCACAGCCUCUGCCAUUAUGGAGGGUCUGUUUUGGUGUGCUAGGUGAAGGAAGGAAGAGAUGCAAGAAGCAAACAAAGUACACAACCCUUGGGUGCCAUCUUAGCCUUGCACAGUGGUGCAGAGCUCCGGGUGUUCCAGGGCUUAGGAAGGUCUGUUGAGAAGGCUACAGACCCUGAUACACAGGACCAGGGAUUGGCGUGGAUGUCCCAAGAAGGUUGCCUCCUGUGCCUUGGCCUACCCCUCCUAAGUAAGAACUAGCACUUCCUCUGUACGAUAACCUAGGGCCCUUCCCUGUCCUCUUGACUGCCCAGUGGGUCUCUCGAUUAAAGAUGCCCUGGGUCAGAUAAGAAAAGAAAUCACAUUCCAAGGAGGAGCUGAGAGUUCACUAGCAUGCACUGGCAAGAGCCAGGGGACCAUGCUGGGCGUGCACACUGAAGGCGCCCAAACGGGGCAGCAGGAAGGCAAGAGCAGCUAGGUAGGAGUCUGCUCCCAAGAUGCGCCUGUCCUGGAACAGGAGGUUUAAUGGCCGGAAAAGCCCCGGGAGCUGAGGCCCAUGUGUGGCUAGGCGGGACGCGAAAGUCCAGAGAUAACGCGAGUUCCCUACAAGUGGGCAGAAGAGUGCAGAGGCUGAGGGAGGUGGGGAUGGUAGAGCCUUGUCAUGUGGGGCUGCAGCACCCCAGGGCGCUCAUUUGCCAUCAGUUAUCUAGGAUGUGUUGGUGAGAGGGCCAAGCAUCUUUCUCAGCACUGCCAAGGAGCUCGGGCCAGGAGGGCAGGAGAGAGGAUCCCGGUGCUUGCUGACAGCCUUGGGCAGGACACAAGCUUGGCAACAGACUGGUUGGCUCGGCUUGAUCAUCAGGAGCUGGAGGACUCCAUUGGUAUGA